AUGGGAUUCGACUAGUAAUUAAUGGAACGAUUUUAACUCCUUUUACCAUAUGUUUUAGAAUUAGAAGGUGGUUAAGUAUAUAUAUAGGAGUAUCCAAAUCUAAAAGAUAAUAGUCGCUUAAAUUAAGAUUAAUAUAAUGAAUGGUUAAAUAAAAAAUAAUAAAAAAAUUAAAACAAUUCAAAAUACUAAAUUAGAGAUGUAUCAUUAAUUACUAAGGAAGAUAUUUAAGAAUAUUAUUAUGAUAUUUUUCUUUAACAUAAAUGUGAUAAAAUUGUAGAUUUAGGAACUUGCUAUUAAUAUUUUGAUAUGGUAAUUAAUAUAGGACCUUAAAAUGCUGCUUUAAUAAUGUAAAAGGCUUGUAAUUCUUCAUUAGAUGGUGUUUUAAACAAAAAUACUAUUUCAAUAGUGAAUAACAUGGAAUAAAAUAAAUUAUAAAAAAGUAUUAUUGAAGCUAGAAAAAAAUAAUUUUAAAAAUUUUGUGAUGUGAAAGUAUUUUGUAAGAAAUUUGAAAGAGAUUUUAAUAAUAGAAUAAAUAAAAUUUAAGAACGAAUUUUAAAGGGUUUUUAAAAUAUAGAUAAAACUAAGAGUGGUUCUAAUAAUUAAUAAGAAGUAGCUAUAAAGAAUAUUUAAAAUAAAGAAAUGAAAUCUAAAUUGAUUCAGCCAAAAGUAAAUUAAAGUUAGAAAUCGCCUAUGAGUCAAAAAUAAGUAAUAGAUAAAUUACAAUAAAAUCAAAUAGAAAAGAUAUAGAAAGAUAUGAAUAUAUAGAUAUUCAACAAAAUAAAAGGAGUUAAUAAAGUGACAUCUCAAUUUAUAUUAGAUAAAAGUGAAAAUAUUCAUUUGUCAGAUUUAGCAACAGUAUUAUCAGUUUAUAAUGAUCCAAACUUAGAUGAUUAAUAUAAGGGAAUUUGUUUUAGUUUAGAUCCAAUAGUAUUACCUAAUUAGGAAGAAUUCAAGUAAUAAGAGAAGGUUUGUUGGCCAGAUAAGUUUGUAAAUAGGAAUAUUAUUUAAGAUACAGAAUUUGCAUAAAUAUUAUUUGAAGCAGAUUAUUUAUUAAAAUUGAUGAGUUUAGGAGUUUAAGAUGAUGGCAAAACUCCAUUUGUAUAUCCAAAGGAACUUUCUGAUAAGGGUUUGAAAUCUUGUAUUGCUUUUGGUAAGGGAUAAUUUACAAGAUUAUUUUAUAGAUUUUGGUUAGUACCAGAAUCAUGUAUAUAUAAAUUAGAAGAUAAUAAAUAUAUAUUGAAUGAUUUAAAAAUAAUGUGUUAAGCAAGAUAAAUAGAGAGAGUUAAUUCUUAAUUAAAAGAUAAAGAUGCUUAGGAUAUAAAUGAUAUAUCAUAUUAAUUUGCAUAAAAGAUUAGUGAAUUAUAUGAUGAAUUGUCAAAACAUUAUCCAAUAUUUAAAAGAUUAUAAUAAUUGUUCAAAGCAGUGGCAUUAGGUAAAUGGAUGUAUUAGAAUAAAGUAAAAGUGGAUUAUUAAAAAUUAUAAGCAUAAAUAAUAAAAGUAAAAAAUCAAUAAAAAUUAAUUCCGAUAUUAAAGUUUGAGUAAAAUGGAGAUGAAGUGAAAAUACCAGUAAAUUUUACAUAGGCUGAAAAGAUUUAGAAAGCUAAAGAUUAUUUGAUUGAGAAGGGUCAUGCAACAACAUAAAAUUUAAUUGAUUAAGUAGUUUAAUAAAUUCCAGAUUUGAAAGGAUAUUAAAUUUAAAAAUAAAUGUUUUAUACUAUGGGAGGUAUAGAUCCAAAUUGUUAGAAUAUGAUUGAAUAAAAGAUUAUGAAAGAGAAAGAAGUAGAGAAGGGCAAUGAAGAUGAAGAAAUAGAAAUACCAUUUUUUCCAUGUAUUAAAUGUAAAGAAUGUUAAAGAAUGGUAGAGAAACAAUUAAUAAACUUAGAUUAAAAUAAAUGUUCAAUUCAUAAUGAUUUUACUUGUUUUUUAUGUUUAGAAUUAGUUACUAAUGAAGAUAAGGAACCAAGAUGUUGUGUGAUAAAUAAAUUUAAAUAUAUAUUUCAUAAAGAAUGUAGUGAAGAAUAUGAAACAAUUUUAAAUAAGAAAAAAGAUUUAAUAGAUUUUUGA